GGAGAGCACAGGGAGCGCGGAUUGGAGGGGGUGGUCAGUCGGCAGUUUUGGAAAGGCACUGCUGGUGUGGAUGGUAGUCUACCGAGUACGACGGACUUUUUCACCGGGAUAUUCUGAAGCAUGGCCGGGAUGGUAGGAUGAUGGGAUGGAUGUGAAAAUGGGCCAGUGGGUAGGGAUGCGAGCCCUUCUCCUCGUCCUGGCCCUGCUGCUGCCGCCGCUGCUCUUCAAGCCAACACCCUGCUGUGCCCAGAACACCCAGGAGGGUUUUCAGGAUGAACUUUACUUUGGCUUCACCCUGACUGUCUACCGCGCUACUCUUUAUGAGAACUCAGCAGCACGCACCUAUGCUAACACUAAAGUAAAAAUGGGCAUCUACCUUGCCCAACGCUCCUGGGAGAUCCGCUACAGAAUCACUUCGGGUGAUGAUGAAGGUUUUUUCAAGGUAGAGGAGUAUGUACUGGGCGACUUCUGCUUCCUGCGCAUAAGGACUAAAGGUGGCAACGCAGCUAUCUUAAACAGAGAGAUUCAGGAUAAUUAUGUAUUGACAGUGAAAGCCUCUGUCAAGGGAGAUACCCUCCUUGAGACCUGGACUAAAGUCAGCAUUCAGGUCUUGGAUAUGAAUGACCUGCGACCCUUGUUCUCACCCACUACUUACUCCGUCAACAUAGCGGAGAGCACCCCUCUCAGGACUAGCAUAGCACAAGUUACCGCCACAGAUGCAGAUAUAGGCUCCAAUGGGGAGUUUUACUACUUUUUCAAGGAGAAAAUUGAGCUAUUUGCUGUCCACCCAACCAGUGGAGUGGUUUCUCUCAGUGGAAAGCUAAAUAUUGAUGAGCAGAACCAAUACGACUUAGAAAUCCUGGCAGUAGACCGUGGCAUGAAGCUCUAUGGAAAUAAUGGGGUCAGCAGCACUGCCAAACUUCUUGUCCAUGUAGAGCGUGUGAAUGAGCAUGCCCCAGUUAUGAAUGUGGUCGCCCACAGCCCCUCAGGGCUUGAUAAAAACCCAGUAUAUGCUAUGGUCACUGUUGAUGACUUUGAUGAAGGCUUAAAUGGUGAAGUAGACUCAGUGGUCAUUGUUGGGGGAGACCCUUCAGAGCAGUUUUUUAUAGAAAGAUUAACGAAAGGGGAGUUUGCUGUAAAGGCCUCAGAGUCAUUCAAUCGGGACACUUACCCUUAUGGUUGUAACCUCACACUGCAAGCUAAAGACAGGGGAGCCCCACAGAAGUUCUCUCCUGUCAAGGUUGUCCACAUUAUGGUCAAGAAAAAGCAGACAGCAGAAGCAGUGUUUGAGCGAGAGUUGUAUGAUCUUAGUCUGAAUGAAAUUUCCCCACCAGGCACUAUUGUAGAGGCUGUCAAAAUCAGUGCAGAGCCGGAUAAUGUAGCAUAUAUGAUGACACCUUCUGCAGAUUCUGCUUUUUUUCAAAUUAACACAUUAACUGGCGUAAUCUCCACCACUCAGUGGUUUACUCAGGUUUCUCAGAAUGUCUUCAAUCUGGAGCUGGUAGAAAUAGAUAGUGACGUCAAAGUUAAAGUGCGGGUAACCAUUGAAGAUGCCAAUGACAACCCACCAACAUUUGAUCAGGCCUCUUAUGAGGUUUUGAUCAAUGAAAGUGUACUUGUUGGGACCAAUGUAUUGACAGUUUCUGCAGUGGAUGAGGAUAAAGGGGAAAAUGGAUACAUAACUUACAGCAUUUCCAGCUUUCAGCCAUUACCCUUCAAAAUCAAUCAGUUUUCUGGUAUCAUCAGCAUUACUAAAGAGUUGGACUUUGAAUCUUCACCGGAGAGCUUUGUAUUUCUUGUUAGAGCAUCUGACUGGGGGUCACCUUACAGGCGAGAGAGUGAAGUCAAUGUAACAAUUCACUUAGAAAAUGUAAACGACAACCAGCCAUUGUUUGAGAUGAUAGCGUGCCAUGGUGUUAUCUCAAGGGAUUUGGCAGUCAAUGAAGUGAUUACUACAAUGUCUGCGAUUGACAUAGAUGAGUUGGAGCUAGUAAAAUAUAAGAUCCUUUCGGGUAAUGAAAGGGGGUACUUUGACCUCAACCCUGAUUCUGGUGUCCUUUCACUGCAAAAUUCUUUUGUCACAGCCAGUCCAAUGAAUGGUGUCUUUAGUCUUAAAAUAACUGCCACAGAUGGUGAGAACUUUGCUGAGCCUAUGUUUGUUAACAUUUCUGUUGCUCAAGGCAAAUCUCCUACAAGUUUCAACUGUAGAGAGACCAGGGUAGCCCAAAAGUUAGCAGAGAAGUUACUCAAAAAGUCCAAAGCUAGCACCAAACACAAGAUCGAAGAAGGAUUUAUUGACCUUUUCUCUGUCAAUCGGCAGACACCCCAGUUUGAUAAAGCUUUCCCAACAGAUAUUUCUGUAUGGGAAGACCUAAAAAUUGGUUCAAGUGUUUUCAAGGUAAAUGCCUUUGAUGGUGACACAGGUUUCAAUGGCCAGAUUCUGUACUCUAUUUCAGAUGGAAACACUGACAACUGUUUUACCAUUGACAUGGAGACUGGCCUUAUCAGUGUCUUUCUCCCUAUGGAUAGGGAAAAGAGGGAUCGUUAUCUCCUUAACCUAACCAUAUAUGACCUUGGCCUGCCACAGAAAACUGCCUGGCGUUUGCUAACUGUAUACAUUGAGGAUGCUAAUGAUAAUGCACCACAGUUUUUGGAAGAAGGAGGCUAUAGUAUUGUCAUUCCCGAAAACACUGCCAUAGGUACUGAUGUUAUCCAGGUUGAGGCCACUGACAAAGACCUUGGACCUAAUGGGGAGGUUGUAUACUCUGUCUUGACAGGCACCAGCCAGUUUGGUAUCAACUACACUAGUGGGAUAGUGUAUGUUGCUGGCCAACUAGACAGAGAGUUUGUUUCGACUUUUAACUUAAAGAUUGAGGCCCGGGACAAGGGAGUGAAAGGGGGCCAGAAGUUUUCUGUGAUCACCAUGAAAGUCAUAUUGGAGGAUGUGAACGACUGUCCCCCACUAUUCAUCCCCAAUGUAUAUAAAGCCAGGGCUCUAGAGGAUCUUCCAGUUGGAACUGUUGUGGCAUGGUUAGAAACCCAGGAUCCAGAUUUGGGGUUGGGAGGCCAGGUCCGGUACUCUCUAGCCAACGACUACAAUGGAUGGUUUGAGGUAGACAGGGCUAGUGGGGCUAUUCGGCUGACAAAAGAGCUGGACUACGAGACUCAGCAAUUUUACAACCUGACUGUGAAGGCCAAAGACAAGGGAAGGCCUGUUUCUCUUCUCUCAGUCACCUUUGUAGAGGUGGAGGUCGUAGAUGUGAAUGAAAAUCUCUACGCGCCAUACUUUUCCCACUUUGCCUUGACAGGAUUAGUUAAAGAGAAUGCCCGUAUUGGAACUACUCUCCUCCAAGUCACUGCUAACGAUGAUGACACUGGCAGAGAUGGAGAUAUCCAGUAUUCGAUUCAUGAUGGCAGUGGACUUGGACGAUUUGCCAUUGAUGGAGAGACAGGGGUUAUCUACACUACAGAUAUGUUGGACCGGGAGACCAAGGACUCUUAUUGGUUAACAGUGUAUGCCAGUGACCACGGCGUGGUUCCCCAGUUUGCUACUAUUGAGGUGUUCAUCCAGGUGGAGGAUGUUAAUGAUAAUGCCCCACUGACCUCAGAGCCACUCUAUCGGCCUUCAGUGCCCGAGAACUCUCCCCGGGAUCUUUCUGUGAUCCAGAUCGAGGCGCAGGACCCUGAUGCAGUGCCCCCAUCUGCCUCUGACAGGCUCAACUACCGUAUCACAAGCGGAAAUCCACAGAACUUCUUUACCAUCAACACCCGCUCUGGUUUGAUCACUACAACCUCAAGGAAACUUGACCGUGAGCAACAAACCGAACACGUUUUAGAGGUACUGGUGUUGGAUGGUGGUCCUACUCCAAGGCAGAGUACAGUGUGGGUGAUGGUUCAAAUCCUGGAUGAAAACGACAACAAGCCCACAUUUCCUGAGAAAGUCUACCAGGUCAAACUUCCAGAGAGAGAGCGGAGAAAGAAGGGGGAGCCCAUCUAUCGGGUGUUCGCCUACGACCGUGACGAAGGGCCCAACAGCGACCUUUCCUAUAGCAUCGUGGACGGAAACGAGGAGGGGAAGUUCUUCAUCGACCCCAAGACGGCAGUUGUAUCUUCACGCAAGGCCUUCACUGCAGGGAGCUACGACAUUCUGACUAUCAAAGCGACAGACAACGGGCGCCCUCAGAAAUCCUCCACAGCUCGCCUGCAUAUCGAGUGGAUUCGUCGAUCUCCUCCCUCAACAGUCCCAGUACUCUUUGAUGAGCCAUUCUACAAUUUCACCAUAAUGGAGAAUGACAAGGUGGCAGAGAUAGUGGGUUUGGUGUCCCUGCAGCAGAGCUCCGCCCCAUUGUGGUUUGACAUUACAGGUCCCAGGUCUUUCCGUGAGAUGUUCUAUAUACUGCAGACUUCUUGUGGCAGGAACUGUUCCUCAGAAGCAGGUGGGAACAGCGACAGCAUUUUUGCCAUCGAAAAGGCUGUGGGCACAAUCGUCAUCGCCAAGCUUCUGGAUGCCGAGCAGCGCUCCUUCUAUAACCUGACAGUGCAGGCCACCGAUGGCACUAACACUGCAUACACACAGGUUCACAUCACUGUUAUGGACAACAAUGACAACGCUCCAAUCUUCUCUCAACCAACCUAUGAUGUCACUAUAUCUGAAGACACGCCACCUGACACUGAGGUGGUCCAGGUUCUGGCAACGGACCGCGAUGAGCAUCACUGGCUGACCUAUUCUCUGCAAAGCUCAAUAGAUUCAAGUAGCAUGCGUCUGUUCCGCAUCCACCCUACCGUGGGCACCAUUUACACUGCACAGAGGCUGGACCACGAGGCCUGUGCUCAGCACAUCCUCACUGUGAUUGUGAAGGACCAAGAGUUCCCAUAUAGAAAGAACCUGGCACGUGUGCUAAUAGAAGUGGAGGAUAUAAAUGACCAUGUACCCAUCUUUACCAGUGCACUGUAUGAAGGCUCAGUCUAUGAGUCAGCAGCAGUGGGAUCAGCUGUGGUCCAGGUGACUGCUUUGGACAAAGACAAAGGCGUGAACGCAGAGCUACAUUACUCUAUUGAAGCGGGAAACACUGGAAAUACAUUCCAUAUUGAACCAAUUUUGGGUAUCGUCACUGUUGCUCGUGACCUGGACUUGUCCAGUUUAGGAUAUUAUGUUCUUACCAUCAGAGUCACUGACAAUGGCUCCCCUCCUCUGUCAACCACCACUACAGUGCGCAUUGCCGUCACCCUCUCCGACAAUGCCGGCCCAAAGUUCCCUCAGCCUGAAUACCAGGCUGAAAUCACAGAGAUGGCUGUGAUGGGGACCUCCAUUACCACAGUCAGUGCAGCCAGCCAGUCCACCCUUACUUAUGAUAUCAAGCAGGGCAACACAGAUCAGGUUUUCCAGUUAAAUCAGUACAGUGGAGUGAUUUCUACCCAAAAGCUUUUAGACUAUGAGACUACAGAAUCUUACAUAUUGAUAGUCCAGGCUACCAACAUGGCUGGCAUGGCCUCUAAUGUCACUCUGAUAAUUCAAGUAGUUGAUGAGAAUGAUAACCCUCCAGUUUUUCAGCAGCUUCACUAUCAUGGCAGCAUCAGCGAGGCAGCACCCGUCAACAGCUUAGUCUUGAACUCAGAUGACUCACCUCUUGUUAUCAAGGCAACAGAUGCUGACCGUAACCAAAAUGCUCUUUUAGUCUACCAGAUUGUUGAGGAGACCGCAAAGACAUUCUUCACAGUGGACUUAGGUACUGGCUCCAUCAGAACCAUUGCUAAUCUAGACCAUGAGACAUUUGCCAUUUUCCACUUCCACGUUCAUGUGAGAGACAACGGCAAGUCACAGUUAACUGCAGAGAGUCCAACGGAGGUCACAAUACAAGUUCUUGACACAAAUGAUUCACCACCUCGCUUUACCCAGAAUGCCUAUGAAACAGUUCUGCUACUCCCCACCUAUGUUGGAGUAGAAGCUUUGCAAGUUUCGGCCAUGGACCCGGAUGAAGAUGUCCCCACCGGGCUCACAUACUCUCUUACUGAUGGAGUACUUCAGUACUUUGCCAUCAAACCUUCCAAUGGAGUUAUUACAGUCAAAGACAACAACUUCUCCAAAGAACGUUUCCGCUUCAGUGUCAAAGUUUCGGAUGGGAAAUUUUCCAGCACAGCUCUGGUGACCAUUAUUGUCAGAAAAGCUCUGGACUCUGGUCUUAGCUUUACUAAUAGCCUUUACACUUCAUCUAUCCAAGAGAAUGUGUCAAAUAUCACUAAAGUGGCUGUGGUCAAUGCUGUGGGAAACCGUCUCAAUGAACCAUUGAAGUACACCUUGUUGAACGCUGGCACAGGCUUCAAAAUCAGUCCAACUUCUGGUGUGAUUCAAACCACAGGUAUACCCUUUGACCGUGAAGAGCACGAGUUCUACGAACUUGUUGUCGAAGCAAGAAGGGAGCAUGACCGUUUUCAUGUGGCCAGAGUUAUGGUUACUGUCCACGUGGAGGAUAUAAAUGAUAACGCCCCUGUGUUUGUUGGACUACCUUAUUAUGCAGCUGUUCAGGUAGAUGCUCAGCCAAAAUCAUCCAUUUUCAGAGUCAUGGCAGUAGACUGUGACAAAGGGAUUAAUGGAGAAGUAUCUUACUAUCUCAAGGAUGACCAUGGCCAUUUUGAGAUCAACCAGCAGACAGGUGGUCUUAGCCUUAAGAAGGCCUUUGAGUCUGACUUGUCAAACAUGGAAUACCAGAUGGAGAUAUAUGCCAGAGAUGGUGGUUAUCCACCUAUUUCAUCUACUAUAGAAUUCCCUAUUACGGUAGUCAACAAAGCUAUGCCUGUCUUUGACAAACCGUUUUAUUCAGUCUCUGUGAAUGAGGAUGUGGCUGUGCACACGCCAAUCCUUGGCAUAAAUGCCACUAGUCCUGAAGGUCAAAAUAUUAUAUAUACUAUAGUUGACGGGGACCCAUCUCUUCAGUUUGACAUUGGUUUUGAUACUGGAGUUAUAAGUGUCAUCCACUCUUUGGACUAUGAAGCAGCAGCAUCUUACCACCUGACCAUCAGAGCCACAGACUAUCUCACUGGAGCCCGUGCUGAGGUUGAUGUAGAUGUGGUAAUCCAGGAUGUAAAUGAUAACCAACCAAUAUUCCAGAAAAUGUCCUACAGGGUAGUUUUGUCUGAAACAGUCAUGAUUGGAACUCCAGCACUUCAAGUUAUCGCCACCGAUAAAGACUCAGAAAAGAAUAAUGUUGUCCGCUACCAGAUUUUCUCAGAUGAGCAUAACAGCACAGACUACUUCCACAUAGAUAGUAGCAGUGGGUUAAUCUUGAGCGCACGAAUGCUAGACCAUGAACUUGUCCAAAAGUAUGACUUCAUUGUCAGGGCCACUGAUAAUGGCUUCCCACCAAUGAGUAGUGAAGUAUCAGUUAUUAUUGUAGUGAAUGACAUGAAUGACAAUCCACCAGUUUUCAAUCAGCUGCUAUAUGAGGCAUAUGUUAAUGAGUUAGCACCAAGGGGUCACUUUGUUACAUGUGUCCAGGCCUCAGAUGCUGAUAGCUCAGAUUUUGAAAAGUUGGAAUACAGCAUUUUGUCAGGAAAUGAACGAAUUAACUUCUUAAUGGACAAUAAUACAGGAAUCCUCACCGUGUCCGGCCACCGUAAACAAAGAAUGGAUCUUGUCUACAGCCUCAAUGUUUCCGUAUCCGAUGGGGUGUUUACUAGCACUGCACAGGUUCACAUUAAGGUGUUGGGGGCCAACUUGUAUAGUCCAGUGUUUGGACAAAAUAUGUAUGAGGCUGAGUUAAAAGAGAAUGCUGCUGUGGGAACCAAAGUUAUACAAGUAAAGGCAACGGAUGCAGACCCUUGGUUGGAUCACAUAAUUUAUUCCUUUGUUAAUGAUGUGGGCAAGGACCAAUUUAGCAUUGAUGAAAAUGGACAGAUCACCACUGCAGAAAAGCUUGAUCGUGAGGACCCAGCCAAUAAGGACAUUGUCCUGGCUGUGGCAGCCCAGGACCCCGGUGGACGUGUCUCUUACUGCACAGUACAAGUUACUCUGUUAGAUGAUAAUGAUAAUGUCCCUUGCUUCCGUGCCACAGAAUACAGAGCUUCAGUCAAAUCUGAUGUGUCCAAAGGUUUUUUGGUGACACAAAUUCAGGCACAUGAUCCUGAUGAUGGGACUAAUGCCAAAGUGACAUAUUCACUUUACAGUGAAGCACAUGUCCCUGUGGUGGACAUCUUAGAGAUAGACCCAGACAACGGAUGGAUGGUGACUAAAGGUAGCUUCAGCCACUUAAGGAACUCUGUGUUAUCCUUUUUUGUAAAGGCUGUGGAUGGAGGACAUCCAGUCCGGCACUCUUUAGUGUCGGUCUACAUCCAUGUGCUUUCUCCAGAUGCCUUCAUUCCUUCCUUCAGCCAACAUCAAUACUUUUUUAGCAUGCCAGAGGACACCCCCAUAGGUUCAGCUAUAGGGACUGUGCGCCUUAACAUUUCUUCCGGAUAUACCUUCCUUCCUGCUACUUUUGCCCUUGUCAAUGGAGAGACUGUAGAAAACAACCAAAACGCAGUGUUUGUGGUGGAAAGGGAUACAGGUGUCAUCAUGGCUGAUAAGCUUUUGGACUAUGAGAUGGUAAAAGAAUACCAUUUGAAAGUUACUGCCACUGUACAACAGGCUAAAGUGGAUUAUGUGACUUCUAUCUAUGUUGAAGUCAAAGUGUUGGAUCUUAAUGACAACAAACCAGCAUUUGAGACCAACUCCUAUGAGGCCACGGUUAUGGAGGGAAUGUCCAUUGGAACCAGAAUCAUUCAAGUACAAGCACUAGACCAAGACUCAGGGGCCUAUGGCCAGGUAACAUAUCACCUUGGGACAUUCAUCCAGUCAACUGGGGACUUGGACACAGUGGUUGACACCUUUAGCAUUGACAGCAACACAGGCUGGAUUUCUACACGAAAGGACUUGGACCAUGAGACCAAUCCAUCCUACACAUUCUUGGUAGUGGCCUCAGACCUUGGGGAGACCCUUUCUCUUUCCGGAACCACAACUGUGACCAUAGCAGUGUCAGACAUCAAUGACAACCCCCCAAUGUUCCUGGAGCAAAGCUAUUUUGGUUCAGUUCAAGAAAGCGACCCGCCAGGCGAGGUGGUAGCUGUGCUGAACACCAGAGAUGAUGACAGCUCUGCCGUUAACCGUCAAGUCAGCUACCACAUCACUGGUGGGAACUAUCGUGGGGUGUUUGCGCUGGGCCUAGUUCAGGGGGAAUGGAAGAUGUAUGUAAAGCGGCCACUGGACAGGGAGGAUCGCAAUCUCUACAUUAUCAAUGUCACGGCAAGCGAUGGACUUUUUGUCUCCCAGGCAACGGUGGAGGUGACAGUAAUAGACACCAAUGACAACAGGCCCAUCUGUGAUCAGGCUGUGUAUACUGCCUCCGUUUCAGAGAACCUCCCAGUAAACAGUCUGCUGUUAAGAAUUGGAGCUACAGAUGCGGAUAUAGGCGUCAGUGCCUGGAUCCAGUAUUCCUUACAUGGUCCUGGAUCCCAGGACUUCAGCAUUGACCCGGACACUGGUGAGGUCAAGUCAUCUAUAAUUCUUGAUCAUGAGAUGACACCCUGCUACCGGCUCAUUGCCCAGGCAACGGAUGGUGGUGGACGAUGGUGCCGUGCUGAGGUGCAACUGGCAGUAACUGAUAUGAAUGACAACCCACCCAUCUUCACCCUGUCACAGUACACUGCCAGUGUAUACGAAGACACCGCUACCAAGGCCCUGCUCACUCGCAUUCAGGCCAUUGACCCAGAUGAAGCAGGUCCGGGCCGUAUGGUGGUCUACUCCCUUGCCGACUCUGCAGAAGGCUCCUUCUCAAUUGAUAAGUCCUCAGGCAUCGUGAUCCUGGAACGCAUCCUCGACCGCGAGGUCCAGCCGACUUAUCAAAUAACAGUCCAUGCGUCUGACCAAGGUUCACCGCUGCCCCUAUCCUCAUCUGUCAACGUCACUAUCACUGUGCUGGAUAUCAAUGACAACCCACCUGUGUUUGAGCGCCGUGAUCAGCUAGCGACAGUGCCAGAGGACAUGGGAGUGGGCACUGAGGUCCUGAGAAUUUAUGCUGCCAGCAAAGAUAUCGGGACCAAUGCUGAGAUUACUUACAGCAUCCGAUCAGGAAAUGAUCAUGGGAAGUUCCACAUCCACCCACUGACCGGUGCCAUUUUAGUGGCCAGGCCCCUGGACUAUGAGGCCUGUAAAGAAUACUUUCUGACAGUCGAGGCUUGUGAUGGUGGCACACCAUCACUGAGUGCCAUUACAACAGUGAACAUAAAUCUGACAGAUGUCAAUGACAACGCCCCAAUGUUCAGCCGUGAAAUCUACACUGCAGUUGUGUCAGAGGAUGCUACUACUGGGGAUUCUGUAGUCCAGCUGUUGGCAGAAGACGUUGACAGUCCAGUGAAUGGAGCCAUCCUCUACUCUGUUGUCAGUGGAGACCAAGACAGCCAGUUCUUCAUUGAUCCCCUUCGUGGGGUCAUCAGGGUCAACAAGCCACUGGACCGUGAGACAGUUCCCAGUUACUCAUUGGCCAUCAGAGCUCUGGACAGUGGAACACCACCCAUGUCCUCCACCGUGAUAGUCAACAUAGACGUCUCUGACAUCAAUGACAACCCCCCCACCUUCUUCCCGGCCAACCUAACUACUGUCAUACAGGAAAACAAGCCUAUCGGCACCAGCAUUCUUCAGCUGUCGGUCAACGAUCAGGACUCCUCACGCAAUGGCGAGCCCUUUGACUUCCACAUCCUGUCUGGGAAUGAAGGCGGAGAGUUUGUGCUGGAGAAAGAUGGAACGCUGGUGGCCAAUCAAGUGUUCCGGAGGGACCUGGCAACGGAAUAUGCUAUUAUAAUCCAGGUAACAGACUCAGGGAAGCCUCGUAUGUCUUCUACCUCAAUGCUAACAGUCAGGGUGAUUGAGGAGAGCCUUCACCGGCCCGUGGCCUUACCCCUCCAGGUUCAUAUCGUCACUAUGGAGGAUGAGUUUCCAGGCGGUGUGAUUGGCCAGCUGCACGCCACUGAUGCUGACCCCUACGACGCCCUGACCUUUGGCCACGCGCCCCUGGCCCAGCGCAGUCUCUUUAAGAUCAGUCCCCGUGAUGGUAAGAUCAUCGCUCUGGGCGGGUUGGAUGCAGGCAGGUACGCCCUCAAUGCAAGCGUUAGUGAUGGACGCUUUGCCGUACCAGUCCCAGUCAGCGUGCACGUGGAGCAAGUAACACCAGAGAUGCUGCGUGAGGCGGUGACUAUACGCUUUGAGAGCGUAGCACCACAAGACUUUGUGGCACUGCACCUGAAGAGCAUGUUGAAGGUUCUGCGAAAGGCCGCUUCAUCGCAGCAGAGGGACAAGCUACACCUGCUCAGUCUGCAGCCAGUCGGCGGAACGCAACAACUGGAUAUGCUCGUUGCUGUGGAAACAGCAGGGGGCGGGUACUAUAAGACGGCUUACCUCACCCAGAAACUCAGCGCAUCACGCCGGCAGCUAGAGGAGGUCCUCAGAGUGUCAGCUAUCCUAGAUAAGAACUGCUCGGGGCUGGAGUGUCGCGGGGCCCAGUGUGAACAGAGCAUCCUCCUGGACUCUCACAGCCUGGCUACAUACAGCACACCAAGGGUCAGCUUUGUUUCACCACGUUUUCACCGGACCUCGCACUGCACCUGCAAUGAUGCCAACUGUGCUGUCCUGUCAGAACAAUGUGAGGGCCAGCCAUGUCCAGCAGACAUGCAAUGUGUUUCAAUUCAGGCCACUAGAGGGCACUAUGCAUGCCAGUGUCCAACAGGCAAACUCGGAGAAUGUGCAGGUCAUUCGUCUCUGAGUUUUUCAGGAAACAGCUACAUCAAGUACAGACUGUCUGAAUGGCUGCAGGAGGAACUGAAAGUCAGCCUUAGGAUCCGAACACUGCAAAGGAGAGGAAUAAUUAUGUACACACACACUGAGCCCUGCCUUGUGCUAAAGCUGGAGGACGGCAAGCUGUGGUUCCAGCUAGCCUGUGGCCUUGGCAGUGAUGGUGGUGACAAUCCCGACAUGUUGGGCAUCUCCGGUCAUCAUAUCAAUGAUGGCAGCUGGCACACGGUGGCACUCGAGCUAAAUCGCAACUUCAGCAGUGUGGCGCUGGACGACAGCUACGUUGAGCGACGCAGUGCAGCACCAUUCACACAACCACUUUCUCCAGACAGAAGCAUCUACUUUGGAGCACUGGUGCAGCCCCCCAACUCUCGCAGCCUCGUGGACUCCCAGAAAGACCCACAGGUGCUUGAGGGUUUCCAGGGCUGCCUAGACUCUGUCACGCUGAACAACAACGAGCUGCCGCUGCAGAACAAACGGUCGCGCUAUGCAGAAGUGGUGGGACUGACGGAUCUGAAGCUGGGCUGUAUCCUCUAUCCCGAUGCCUGCCUUCAACAGCCCUGUCGCAAUGCAGCCAUCUGCACGAGCCUGCCUUCUGGGGGGUUCUCGUGCACCUGUAAGCCCCAGUACACCGGAGGGCGCUGUGAGAUGGAAAUAACGGCUUGUAUUCCCAACCCGUGUCAGAACGGUGGCGCAUGUAGGCCAAUCGGCAACGCCUUCCUCUGUAGCUGCAGGAGGGGCUUCAAGGGUCUGAUCUGUGAGGAAGAUGUGAACGAAUGUGACCAAGGCAAUCCAGACGGCGAGUGUGACAACAGUGGCGUCUGCGUUAACACUUAUGGUUCCUUCUACUGUAACUGCACGGCGGGCUUUGUGGGCCAACGCUGCGGACUGCGACCUGUUGUCGUCCCUGACAUGCAGGCCGGUCACACUGUGGUCGGUAAAGAGGAGCUGAUCGGAAUUGCUGUUGUGCUUUUGGUGAUCAUCACCCUCAUCCUCCUCUUCAUCGCAUUCCGUAAGAAGGUUUUCCAAAAGAACUACUCUCGCAACAACCUGUCUCUGGUCCAGGACCCAGCCACUGCAGCACUCCUCAACAAGGCCAACGGUGUUCAGUUUAAGACCCUACAUUGCACACCAGGUGAUCCUCUCCACCUGUACUCCGAGACAGGGCAUGGGGCCAUUGUAGCGGGAGGCGGUGGAAUGAUGGGACCUCCACAGGUUCCUGUGAGGCCCAUGGCAUACACACCCUGUUUCCAAGGAGACCCGCGGUCCACGCUGGAAAAGUUGGUGGAUGGGCGUGGUGUGGAGCAUACAGAGAUGAGCACUUUUCACCCAGAGUCUCCAAGGAUCUUGUCAGGAACAACCAGGAGGGGGAUAGUGGUGUGUAGCGUGGCCCCCAACCUGCCACCAGUUUCGCCUUGUCGCUCAGACUGUGACUCCUUACGCAAGAGUCCAUGGGAUGAUGAGGGUGAGAUGGUUGACAUGGCAGAGGAAGUGACGUGUUUCUCUGGGAGCAACAAAAGUAGUAACUCUGAGGUCCAAUCACUGAGCUCCUUCCAGUCUGACGCUUGUGACGAUAAUGCCUCCAUAGUGACCGUCAUUCGACUGGUCAAUGAUGCAGUCGACACAAUCGAAAGUGAAGUGUCAGUUAUGGACUACAGUUACGGUCAAACCUACAACAGAGCAUAUCACUGGGACACAUCAGACUGGAUGCCGAGCACCAGGCUGUCAGACAUUGAAGAGGUGCCAGGCUACGAGGCAGGUCCUGGCAUUAAUGUCGCAGGCACAGCCCCCCGCCUUGAAGGAAGCACACGUGAACUAGAGUCAGACUACUACCUGGGAGGCUAUGACAUUGACAGUGAUUACCCCCAUCCCCACGAAGAAGAGUUCUUGAGCCAAGACCAGCUGUCACCUCCACUGCCCACUGGUGAAGACUAUGCUGAACUCUAUGUGCCACUGCCCACCAACACACCCAUCUCCAAAGACAGCACCCUGAGCUCUGGCAGCACCGGGCAUCAACAUGCCCUGCCACGCUUCCACCCCAGCCAAUACCUUCCUCCCCAUCAGAUGCCUGUUGGAGAGGCCCCCCGCGGGGACUUCAGCUCUUCAAUAAAUGGCAUCAGCCCAGGAAAUGGGGGUACUGAUGUGGGACUGUCCGUUGGUGCAUCAUCAGCCUCUGGCAUGUUUGCCCACUGCAGCCUGGAUGAUUCUGAACAUGGCAGUAACUUUGACAGUAUGGAUGAGAUUUGUCGAGGGGUGACCAUCAUAACUGACUCACAACAGCAGACAGAGGUGUGAUUAACCAGCACAGUGAACCUGUGGGAUGUUCGUUGACGAGAAGGAGCCUAACAUUGGAGCAGAUGGAAGGAGAUGCACAAGUUUAUGUUAUCACGGGAAUAAGUUAUUUGUCUAGGAACUGCAAUGUAUUGCUGUCUACAACAUUUGAUGUUAACAAUGGUCUUAAAAGCAUACAUUUUUUAACACAUUUCCCACAGGAACCAAACUCUGUCCAAACGAGGGACUGUUAAGUUUUAGCAUGAUCGAACUGUCAUUGUGUUGUCAGUUCUGUCCCUUCUGUGAAGACCAAUGAAAAUGUAUCUUCCUGUUCAAAAAGGCAGUAAUUUGUAAUGCGAAUUGAAUGAAAUUAAGAAUGUGAAUAAGAAAUACUAAUCCAAAAGAGAUUGGAGUGUAAAGAUAUUGUAGUAAAAACAUUUGAACAAAGAGACAUUUCACUUUCACAAGCAUGUAAGUGAAAUGUUGGUUUGGUACUUCUUUCAUAUGAUAAAAAAGGACACAAAUUCCCCAUUUUCCUAUUGUUGUCCUUGGCUUUGUAAGCUUUGUAAUGCUCCAAGCCUCUACAGACUUUGUAAAAUAGUAUGUUUCAUACUAAGUACCAGAAAAGGUCAAUCUUCUGGCCACAUUUCUAAGAAGGCAAACAUUUGUUUUAAUAUGGUAUGCGCUGGCUCCUUUCCCAUCAUGAUAUCAAGCCUACCAUAAAUGCAAUGAUAUUUUAGCUAUCAUAUUUCAUUAGCCCAAAGUGUUCAAUGUCUCAUUGACCUUCAUGCUUUAUUUUUGUGUGUGGAAGCCAACAACAUUUUUAUCUAGCUACAGAUAGUACACAAUCCUGACUUAUUUGUUCCCCCCAAAAUGUUUUGACGUAGCUAACUCUAUCAAAAUGGGAUCAACUUUAAGUUGAAGAUUGAUCCAAAUAUAAAGACCGUUGUCUCAUUUUGUUACCAAAUUUGAUCAGCUUCUGUUAGCAGCAGUGGUUGACACCUACCAUGUUUAUAGUGACCAAUAAUGAUAAAUUGACUGUACUUGUAUAGCGCUUUUCUAGUCUUCCGACCAGUCAAAGCACUUACCUUCCGACCAGUCAAAGCCUUUUCUACAAGUUUGUAGUAAAGGCACUUAAACAAUGAAUUAAUGUGUCUUCAGUGCCUGGCCCGUCACUUAAUUUUGCAUGACUUUAAAUUGUCAAAAACAAAAACAUUUAAAUUGUGAUAUUUUUAAUUUGCUAAAUCAUUCUCAUCCUUAACUGGAUGAAAUGCCAUUAAUAAGACAUGAUCAGGAGAAAAUAUAUCUUCAGAUCACAGGAUAGUUAAUUCGUUGUCUUAAACGUGUAUAUUAGCGUCCCGUUGUUUUGUACUUGUUUCCUACAGACAGAAGUCUAAUCCUUAUCCAGGUCACGAAUGGCUUUGUUAACAUCUGGCCUAGAGGAGUGUCAAUGUGACUGCUUCAGAUCACUGUUUAGUCCCUUUAUAAUACUAUUAUCUGCCAGAUCCACUCAGACAUGAACCUUAUCUUUUCUUUGUAACAGAUGUAUCUCUGUACAGUGUACAUAACUAGAUUUUGUAGACAUGUAGCAAUCCUGAACUUCCUUUGAGUUUUGUGGAACAUCAAUUAUUCUCAUUCCUCCUCUGCCACUCACUGACUGAAUGCCAUUUCCAAUAAUAAAGCCACAUUUACAAAAUAUUAAAUCCAGUAUUGACAUAAACAAAAUGUUUUAUUUUCUUGUGUUUACGCAUUACUUUGGUAAUAAGGGAAUCUUUUUGUACAUUUCUUUCAUCUAUAAUGUUUUGAUGAAUUUAGACAUUAACUAGUGUCAAAAUUGUCCCUUAUCUGCAGACGUUUACUAAGAGGUUUGUGGGUUAUGUUUUUACAAUCUUUUCCAAUUCAGUGCAGAAAAUUAAAAGGUUCUUAUGCACAA